GGCUUGAACUCAUCCUUCCAAAUACAAACGGUCGGCGCGAGAAGUGCUCCUGGGCGCAGGCGCCGGACAGCUGGGACUCGUUGCUGGAGGCUGGGUUCGGGGGGCUGUCUCCGGUUGCAUAUGCUCCCUCCUCUCUUUGUCGUGCCGGGCCGGAGGCCUUCGGAGCCCGCUUCCGUGCUCGGCGGCUGCUGGAUCCAAGCUGUACUUGCAUCUUACUCUUCUUCAAAAUAUUAAUUCUGCUGGUAAUGAAGAGGAUGUGUUCCAGGGAGAUUGUUGUCAGAAAUUCCAUGACAAAGGAGCUUCAUUUUCAGAGGAUUCAUUGUUCAAGGUGAAGAAUUAGAUUAUUUCAAGAGGUGGAGCUGAAUCUAUUGUUAAAUAAUGGCAACAGGUGACUUAAAAAGAAGCUUACGGAACCUAGAACAAGUGCUUCGCUUGCUAAAUUAUCCUGAAGAGGUGGAUUGUGUAGGUUUGAUAAAGGGAGACACAGCAGCAUGUUUGCCAAUCAUCAGUUAUUCUUUUACCUCAUAUUCACCUUAUGUAACAGAACUUCUGAUGGAAUCCAAUAUAGAACUCAUAGCAAAGAAUGACUUGCGCUUUAUAGAUGCUGUCUAUAAGCUUCUUCGUGAUCACUUUGAUUAUAAACCUAUUUUGACAAAAAAGCAAUUUAUCCAAUGUGGGUUUGCAGAAUGGAAAAUCCAAAUUGUUUGUGAUAUUUUGAAUUGUGUGAUGAAAAAGCACAAGGAAUUAAGUAGUCUUGAGAAGACUCCAUCACAACAAAGAAAGAAAACCAAUUCUGGCAAAUCAGAACCUUGUGUGAACAAUGAGAAAAUAUCUGCAGAAGCUGUUGGUGUUGACAUCACUGGCAGGUUUAUGACUUCAGGAAAGAAGAAAGCUGUGGUGAUCCGGCACUUGUAUAAUGAAGAUACUGUUGACCCUCCUGAAGAUACAUUAAUAAGUACAGUAACAGAAGUUAGUGAAGCAGUCCCUGUGUCUGCCGUACAGGCUACUGAAAUAAAGAUACCUGAAGUAAAGGUCCCUGAAAUCAAGGCUGAGCAGCAAGAUAUAAAAGUUAAUCCUGAGAUUACUGCACUACAGACUAUGCUUGCUGAGUGCCAAGAAAAGCUUAAAAAACUGACCUGGAUAGAGAAAAGGUUAGAAUGCUUGGAAGAAAAAAUGAAAGGAAAAGUGUUGGUAAAUGAAAAGAUCUGGGCUAAUCUUCUAAGUCGUGUCACUCUUCUUGAAACAGAAAUACUUUUGUCUAAAAAGAGUGAUGAAUAUAUAGAGUAUAAUGAAAUGAGUGAAGACUAUACUUCUAGUAGUGACAUGGAUCUUCUAAAUGUUGACAGAAAAAGCAAAGUAGAGAGACCCACAAGUAUUCCUCUGUCCUCUGGUUAUAGCACAGUAUCCACAGAUUCAACUCCCAGAACCUCGAUUAUUAAUUACGGUGGUUUGAAUAACAUUUCUCAGGUAAGAAAAACUGGCAACUGCUUAGAUGAUUUACUUUCUAAGGUCAGGACAACAAGCAUUAGUUUUAGUCGUAUAUACUGUUGGUAAGAAAAAUAGCAAAACUGUGUAAAUCUUAAUCUCUCAAAAAUUCUUUGUGAUAAGUAAACAGUACUUAAUGCAGUGUUUCAGAAUGUGUUUUAUAUGUUCAUGGUCCAUCUUUGAUGAUGGUUUACUUUAAGAAAUUGCCUAAAUUUG